ACAGAGAGACGGGUAGAGGACACAGAGAGACGAGUAGAGGACACAGAGAGACGAGUAGAAGACACAGAGAGACGAGUAGAGGACACAGAGAGACGAGUAGAGGACACAGAGAGACGAGUAGAGGACACAGAGAGACGAGUAGAAGACACAGAGAGACGAGUAGAGGACACAGAGAGACGAGUAGAAGACACAGAGAGACGAGUAGAGGACACAGAGAGACGAGUAGAGGACACAGAGAGACGAGUAGAGGACACAGAGAGACGAGAGACGCAGAGGAACCAUGGCUGAAUUGGGAGGGAUUGAAAGCUGUUUGUUCCUGAUUGUGAUGCUUCAGUUUGCAGAAGCAGCAACAGAACAACAUCUCACUGUCAGAGAUGGAGAUGAAGUCACUUUGCCUUGUGACACUGUGACUGAGGACCAGAACAACUGUGACUCUACUGAGUGGUUCUUCUACCCUUCAAUAAGUGGAUCAGCUGUAGUUCUGGUUACAAACGGGCAGAUUGAUAAAAAAGCCAAAGAUAAAUCAGACAGACUGAGUGUUUCACAGAAAUGUUCUCUGGUCAUCAAGAAGGUCACAGAUGUAGAUGUUGGUCAAUAUUACUGCAGACAGUAUGGAUCAGGAGGACAAUAUAAAGAUGCUCUGGUUGAUCUGUCUGUUGUUUCCAUGACUGAAGAGACGAACGGAGACGAUGUGACGUUAAGAUGCUCUGUGUGGACACAUGAUCAAUGUCCAAACACAGUGAAGUGGACGAAUGGUGGUCAAGAUGUGGACAAAGACAUCAAAGACAUGAAGACAUCACAGUCUCCCUGCUCCACCUCUCUGUCCUUUAAGACUUCUCAUGUCUUCUACACAUCGAGCUUCACUUCAUUGAAGUGUGAAGUGACCGAUGGGGACAAAGUGAUGGAGUUUUCUCUCAGGAAUUCUCCCUCAGGUGAUGAAACAGGUCCUUCUGCAACAAAGACCACUAACAAACCUCCAGUGACUGAGACACCUGAGAAGAAGACGACCACAAGUCCACCUGAAGACCAGAAACCAGUGGAUCCAGUCCUGGUCUCCGUCUCUGUGGGGGCUGCAGCUCUGGUGGCGAUCACACUGGGACUCGUCGCAUGGAGGAGAACUAAAGGGAACAAAACAAAGACGGAUGACGAGGCGGCCGACCCUGACGGAGGCGUGGCCUACGCCUCCGUCAGCUUCACCAAGAACACCGCCGGCAGAGCCCAGGCUGCCCUUCAUCCUGAUGAUGAGGAUGAAGGUGACGCAGUGACCUACACCACCCUGAAACCCCCCCGUUCCUUCGCUGCAGCUGACCCCGGCGACCUCUACGCCAACGUCAACCGACCAGCCAGAUAAGAGGUCACAUGACUGUAGCGUGGUGAAGACGUGUUGAUGUUUGCAGUGAUGCAUUGUGGGAGUUCAGGGAAGCAGACGCUUAGAGACACAUGCAUUCGUUAUACUGCGUCCCUGCAGACACACAAUGACGCUUUAGGACUUCUUGGCAUUUAUUGUGUCACCAUUUAAGUGAAUUUUGCUGUUUUAGUUGUUAAAUGUGAUUCUGUCGUGUUUUACUGAGUAAAGUUUUCAUCUUACUGAAAUAAAAAUGAAUUAUGAGCUUAAUUCUUAUUGUUUCAGCAUUUUAAUUUCAAAUAGAGGUUGAAUGAAAAGUGGAUUGUUGGCUUUAUUAAAAUGUCCAACAGAACAGCAGCGUCUCUGCUCUUUGUCUCCAGAGGUCCUUCUCAGCUGCUUUAAAGCACAAACUGACCAC